GCGAAAGGUCGGAGUUCAACACCACGGGCCCGCCGUUUAACGUCCUUCAGUCCAGUGUGUCUGUCACUGCUCUACUCUCCACCGCUCAUAUAUGUCGUUUUGGGAGUUAUUGGCAAUCAACCAAUAAUGUUUGUGUGAAAGCUGCUCAGCCGGUUUCUUUCCAUUCCAACGGCUGCUUCUCUGGAAACAGUUUAAAGUGAAACUAAAGUUUUCUCCUCACAGUGUCGGCAGAUUAUCAGGAGGAGGAAAGUGACAACUGGCUGUGAACUGAAUGUGUUUUUCAAGUGUUCGUUUAGUGAGAAGCAGAUUAAUGAGGACUUUGUGGUUGUUGUAGUUUUUACAGAAGAUGAAGAUGUUUGUGGUGUUUGUGAUCCUCGUGCACGUUUCCCAGCAUGCCUCAGCUGUGGAUCUGUAUGAGGGGGAGGAGUUUGUCCUGCUGCCCUGUGAGUAUCACACAUUUGACAUGGACGACCCCUCAGUGGUGUGGAGCCGCUACGAUCUCAAUCCUCCAACCGUCCACCAGCGUCAGCAGGAAGGUGAUGAAUUUAUUUACCAAAACCAGCUUUACAGCGGCCGAACAUCCAUGAUGGCUGACGCUCUGGAAACUGGAGACCUCAGCCUCAAUCUGACAAAACUCCGCCUCUCUGACAGCGGCACCUACACCUGCACCGUCAGAUCAUCAAGAGGAAAACAGAGAGUGAGAGAAGUACAGCUGAAGGUCAAAGUUUACCAGCAUGCCUCAGCUGUGGAGCUGUAUGACUGGGAUGAGUUUGUCCUGCUGCCCUGUGAGUUUCAAACUUUUGACAUGGACGACCCUACAGUGGUGUGGAGCCGCUACGAUCUCAAUCCUCCAACCGUCCACCAGCAUCAGCAGGAAGGUGAUGAACUUAAAGACCAAAACCAGCUUUACAGCAGCCGAACAUCCAUGAUGGCUGACGCUCUGGAAACUGGAGACCUCAGCCUCAAGCUGACAAAACUCCACCUCUCUGACAGCGGCACCUACACCUGCACCGCCAGAGCAUCAGGAGGACAACGGAGAGUGAGAGAAGUACAGCUGCAGGUCAAAGUUUCCCAGCAUGCCUCAGUUGUGGAGCUGUAUGAGGGGAAGGAGUUUGUCCUGCUGCCCUGUGAGUAUCACACUUUUGAACUGGACGACCCCACAGUGGUGUGGAGACGCUACGAUCUCAAUCCUCCAACCGUCCACCAGCGUCAGCAGGAAGGUGAUGAAUUUAAAGACCAAAACCAGCUUUACAGCGGCCGGACAUCCAUGAUGGCUGACGCUCUGGAAACUGGAGACCUCAGCCUCAAGCUGACAAAACUCCACCUGUCUGACAGCGGCACCUACACCUGCACCGCCAGAGCAUUAGGAGGACAACGGAGAGUGAGAAACAUACAGCUGCAGGUCAAAGAACGAUUUCCAUCGUGGGCCAAAGCUCUCCUGGUUCUCCUGGUUCUUGGUCUUAUUGUUGGGGGUCUUUUGGUGCAUUUUCGGCAGUAUUUCAUGUCAGUCUACCAGGUGGAGGUGGAUUCAGGGGUGAAGUCUGUCCUGCUGCCCUGCAAAACCACAGUUCACCUGCCUGAGGACGUCAGAGUGGAGUGGACAGACAGUUACAACUGGAAGGUCCAUGUGUAUCAGAACGGCUCUGAUCAGCCUGAAGAACAGAACCAGUAUUACAGAGACCGAACAGAGAUGAAGAGAAACCUGCUGGAACCUGGAGACCUCAGUCUGACCCUGAAAUACCCCACAUACAGAGACAUUGACAUCUACACCUGCACCGUCUACAGGGAGACAGAGAUCCUGAUGAAGAAACGAGUGCUGCUCGAGGUCAAAGUCUACCAGGUGGAGGUGGAUUCAGGGGUGGAGUCUGUCCUGCUGCCCUGCAAAACCACAGUUCACCUGCCUGAGGACGUCACAGUGGAGUGGAGGGACAGAUACAACAGGAAGGUCCAUGUGUAUCAGAACGGCUCUGAUCAGCCUGAAGAACAGAUCCAGUAUUACAGAGACCGAACAGAGAUGAAGAGAAACCUGCUGGAACCUGGAGACCUCAGUCUGACCCUGAAAUACCCCACAGACAGAGACAGAGACAUCUACACCUGCACCGUCUACAGCAGGGAGAGAAAGAUCCUGAUGAAGAAACAAGUGCAGCUUGAGGUCAAAGUCUACCAGGUGGAGGUGGGUUCAGGGGAGGAGUCUGUCCUGCUGCCCUGCAAAACCACAGUUCACCUGCUAAGGCAUGUCACAGUGGAGUGGAGGGACAGUGACAACAGGAAGGUCCAUGUGUAUCAGAAUGGCUCUGAUCAGCGUGAGGAACAGAACCAGUAUUACAGAGACCGAACAGAGAUGAAGAGAAACCUGCUGGAACCUGGAGACCUCAGUCUGACCCUGAAAUACCCCACAUACACAGAUAGUAACACCUUCACCUGCACCGUCUACAGCAGGGAGAGAAAGAUCCUGAAAAAGAAACAAGUGCUGCUCAAAGUCAAAGUCUACCAGGUGGAGGUGGAUUCAGGGGAGGAGUCUGUCCUGCUGCCCUGCAAAACCACAGUUCACCUGCCUGAGGACGUCAGAGUGGAGUGGACAGACAGAUACAGGAAGGUCCAUGUGUAUCAGAACAGCUCUGAUCAGCCUGAAGAACAGAACCAGGAUUACAGAGACCGAACAGAGAUGAAGAGAAACCUGCAGGAACCUGGAGACCUCAGUCUGACCCUGAAAUACCCCACAUACAGAGACAUUGACAUCUACACCUGCACCGUCUACAACAGGGAGAGGAAGAUCCUGAUGAAGAAACAAGUGCUGCUCGAGGUCAAAGUCUACCAGGUGGAGGUGGAUUCAGGGGAGGAGUCUGUCCUGCUGCCCUGCAAAACCACAGUUCACCUGCCUGAGGACGUCACAGUGGAGUGGACGGACAGUGACAACAGGAAGGUCCAUGUGUAUCAGAACGGUUCUGAUCAGCCUGAAGAACAGAACCAGUAUUACAGAGACCGAACAGAGAUGAAGAGAAACCUGCAGGAACCUGGAGACCUCAGUCUGACCCUGAAAUACCCCACAGACAGAGACAGUAACACCUUCACCUGCACCGUCUACAACAGGGAGAGAAAGAUCCUGAUGAAGAAACAAGUGCUGCUCAAGGUCAAAGUCUGUCAGGUGGAGGUGGAGGAGGGGGCGGAGUCUGUCCAACUGCCCUUCAAGACCACAGCUAACCUGCCUGAGGACGCUACAGUGAGGUGGAUCCGCUAUGAACCUUACAGGACGGUCCAUGUGUAUAAGAACGGUUCUGACCGGCCUGACAAACAGAACCAGGAUUACAGAGACCGAACUGAGAUGAAGGAAGACCUGCUGAAAACUGGAGACCUCAGUCUGACCCUGAAAUACCCCAAAGAGAGAGACACAGGAAGAUACUGCUGCAACGUCUACAGCAAGAACAUCUGGAGAUGGAAAACAGUGCAGCUCACAGUCAGAGGGAGAACCAGGAACAGAAGCAGCUCCAUUGAUCCAACUCCUCUGAUGGCUGAUCAAUCUGUUUGAUUGGUCUGUUGAUCAAUCUUUGAUUAUUGAUCUUGUUGAAGGGGCUCAAAGGAAGAGAAUGUCAACGUUCAGCUUUCAGUGUUUCCUCUCUUCAUCGUCUGAAUGAACCUGCAGUCCAUACUGUGAUUGAUUGAUUGAUUGAUUGAUUGACUGCUUGACUGAUUGAUUGAUUGAUUGACUGCUUGACUGAUUGAUUGAUUGAUUGAUUGACUGAUUGACUGAUUGAUUGAUUGAUUGAUUGAUUGAUUGAUCUCAUGUAGCUCUAUAAUGUUUCUCUGAUGUUUGUGUAUUCAGCUUCUAUACAUAUAUAUCUGGCUGUGUCUCAGGAGGUAGAGCGGGUCGUCCACUGAUCAGAAGGUCACUGGUUCGAUCCCCAGCUCCUCCCGCUGCAUGUCGAAGUGUCCUUGAGCAAAAUACUGAACCCCAAACUGCUCCUGAUGCUGAAUCACUGUAUGAAUGAGUGAAUGAGUGAAUGUGUGACUGAGUCAGCUGAACUGUUCUCAUGUGUUUGAAUCCAUAAAGUGUUGUGAGCAGAUGAGUUAUGGAUUCGAUCAUUUCACACUCUGUUUAGAGAAUGAUGAAUAUUGAGGAGAACAACUGUAAAUAAAGCUCAAAUGUACAGAAAUCAUUUCUCCACUCUGACAGCAUCAUGAAAAUGGAUCUAAAGCUGUGAGAAUGAUGGAUUCAGGAGGCAUCAAAACUUUGAUUACUACUCUCUUCUGAAAUAACAAAAGUGCUCAGUGUGACGGCCUUAUUGUGUUCCUCUUGCUUGGUUGUUUACUCUUUGUUUCAGGUAGUAAGGGGUGGAGCUGAGAUUACUCUCUGCUGCAGCUCACCUGAGCAGACUCUCUCACUCUCUUCCUCUGGCUGCUGACUGAACUGUUGGGUUUUGUUUGUGUUCUGGGUUUUACAUUCAUACAUAUACACCUCACCCUUCACUCACAUAUUAAACUGUACUGAUCAUUUUGGUAUUUACUUCAUUAAAUUGUCAUAACAAUUCA